CUGCACAACGCAAAGUUUCUCCACUAUUUCCAAUAUCAAGACAGCGAUUUAUAUCCUUUUUGCUACUAUCGUCGUUACAGAUAUUGUGAUAGCCUCUAUGAUGAGCUAUUACCUUCACAAGAGUGGGGAAGCUACGAUGUUCUCUACGACCGCGUCCCUCAUUUUUGGGCUGAUGCGACUUGUUGUCGCAUCGGGCAUAGCUACAAGUGCAUGUUCACUGCUCGCACUUAUCUCUUUUAUUGUGUGGCCCAAGACAUUGAUUUUCCUCGGUAUCGACUUCGUCCUACCAAAACUUUACGUCAACUCCUUGCUCGCUAUGUUCAAUUACCGACGGGAACAUCUUGAGCCUCACCAAUCGGAUGCGGAGCGCGGAGGGAAUUCAUUUCCUACCUUUCUCCAUAUCAUACCUCACAGCUCCGAAGGUUCCAGUGCGCAAGUGAAUAUCAACAUCCCGCUCACUGAGACUGAGCGCUUCCGUUCUUUGGACGAUAAGUCGGACCAUUCGAAGGGAGCGUCUCUAGCUUUCGAAUGACCCUUUUAUGUGGGGAAGAUAUUGAAGAUUACAAUCCAAUCAGCUAUUAGCCGAGCACCGACUCCUGCAGAGUAGAGGGUAUGGAAAGUAAAGUCCGAAGAGGCGAAAUAGAACUUGAGCGGGGUCUGUCUCGCUACAGGUAGUGAGAGAGAAUACAAAACACAGUUUUCGCAGACUCUACUGCUCAGAACUCGCGUUCGUGAGUAGACUUCCGCCGGAGAAGGUGCUGCCCAAGCAGGCUUGUUCAAAGCAGGAAGGCAUUCAGAGUU